UGAAAACAAUCUUUGAUUUAGCGCAACGAAUACUGAGAAAUGCGCAAAUGAAAACAUGUCACAGGAGCGCAACGAUAGGCUGCGUCAGCCCUCUGGAAUACGCCUCGGAAAGAGUGACAUGCCAGCCGCCUAUAUCCGCUGUGGGCGCUGCUGGAGUGGGUAUGACCGCUGCCAGCCACCGUACCUUCCUCCGUCUGUCCGCAUCACGCUGCGCGCAUCGAACUAAACAACAUAUCCCUCUUCUUCUUUCUUUCUUUUUUUCCCUGCCGUUUUUGGAAAGAUGACCGAAGCAAAAAGCACAGAUCACCGCGCCGGUAAACAACAGAACGGAGAAGCAGAAACCUCGACUGUGGAUGAUGUUUUUGACAACACCUAUAAAGAGAAAUCGGGGAAGCCGCCGAUGGUGUUUGUGUGGAGAAACAUCAUCCUGAUGUCUCUUUUGCAUCUCGGUGCACUUUAUGGAGUGACUCUCAUCCCUUCCGCAUCACCUUCAACACUUGCAUGGAGUGCCGUGUGCUACUUCCUGAGUGCUCUAGGUGUGACCGCUGGUGCUCACAGACUAUGGAGCCACAGAUCCUACAAGGGGUCUUUUCCUCUCAGAGUCUUCCUCGCUCUUUCCAACUCCAUGGCGUUCCAGAAUGACAUUUUUGAGUGGGCGAGGGACCACCGUGCCCAUCACAAGUACUCCGAAACCGACGCAGACCCCCACAAUGCCACGCGGGGGUUCUUCUUCUCCCACAUUGGGUGGCUCCUGGUCCGGAAGCACCCUGAUGUCAUCGAGAGGGGACAGAAACUGGAGCUUUCAGACCUGAAGGCGGACAGCGUGGUGAUGUUCCAGAGACGGCACUACAAGCUCUCUGUGUUGUUGCUUUGCUUCCUCGUACCCACGUUGGUACCUUGGUACUUCUGGGGAGAAUCCCUGGUUGUGGCGUACUUCAUCCCAGGACUCCUGAGGUACGCCUUGGUUCUCAACGCCACCUGGCUGGUCAACAGCGCUGCUCACAUGUGGGGAAAUCGGCCGUACGAUAAGACCAUUAAUCCCAGGGAAAACGCCUUCGUUGCUUUAAGUGCUGUUGGCGAAGGCUUCCACAACUACCAUCACACGUUUCCCUUCGACUACGCCGCCAGCGAGUUCGGCUCCAAGCUCAACCUCACCACCGCCUUCAUAGACCUCAUGUGCUUCUUGGGUUUGGCCAAAGACUGCAAGAAGGUGUCGAAGGAGAUGAUCCGUUCUCGCGUGAAGCGCAGCGGCGACAGCAGCUACAAGAGUGGCUGAGUCGGCCCGCUUGACUUCAACGUCCAACACAAAGAAAGUAGCAGCAUUUCAGUGGUUUGGGUGGUGACUGCCAUGCUUGUGGUUAUUAGUUUAAACUUCACUGUCAGAUUAAUGUCAGCUUUGGAGACUUUUCAUAAACAUUGUAGGUCUCUCUUUAAGAUUUGGAGUGUCCUCACUGACCUUUUGUAACAGGUGGAGACUUUGAGUACAUGUGCAGUUUCUAUCACUUAAAUAUCAAGCAAGCAUGAGAUGAUGUUGCAUUAUUUCGACUUUUUCGGGCGUGGGCACUGUGCAAAAGUGGUAAUUACAAAUUAAUUUCUGUUACGUGUAUUUAUUGAUUUGCUAUUUAUGAUCGAUCUUUGGCACUUUGAAAGCUUUUCUGCAAAGUGUGUGAUUUUUCUCUGCAGACAAAAUCAAACUGUGCUUUGAUGAAGAAAAAAAUGUGGGCUCUUAUCCUUAUAAACUGUUAGUUCUGCUUUGUUCAACAGUGACAAUUAGAUUUAUUUAGCAGCAGCUUAAAAAAAUAAUAAAAACUGUUCAGAUAUUUAUUGUUCUAGAAGUUUUUCUUUAGAUAUUAACAUUCUCAGAGCUUCAACAUCACAAAUCGCACCUAAAAGAGAAUUAAAUAUUUGAUUUUGAAGUCUUAAAAACACAAUUAAUUGUAAAAUAGACCCCAAUUUUUGUGCAUCUACGUGUGAUAUUCUACUGCAAUGUUUGGCCAAAAUGCCUUAUGAGAGCCACACAGGUUUCAAAUAUAACACUUUAAAAUGAGACUUGAAUUCCUUCAAAUCCCAUAAUUUUCUGGAACACUUUCCUCGAAAGCAAGAAUAAAACUUCAAUUUUGCUCAUCCGUCACAGAUCCUUUUACAAAGCAGCACUUUUCUACCGCGCUUAACUCGCAACGCUUUUCCUCUUUUCUUGAACGAAUGUUUUGUACGUAUUGUAUCAGAAAUAAAGCAAAUUUUUACAUGUGACCAAUUAUAUUUCUUGGAAGACUCAUUACUUGGCAGAAGCUAUUUACAUCUGAAAUCCAGUCUAAUCGUGUCUGCUGCAAUGAUUCCUAAUGAAUAUUUAUCUCAAUUAAAUGGUUUAUGAGCUGAA